UAACUUUUACAUUUAUAAAAUUGGUGUUAGGAUUAAAAAAAAAUAUUUAAAUAAUUCGCAAUCAAUUAAAAAUAAUCGUGUGACAUGAUAAUAAACUAUCAAGAGUAAACUCGACCUUUGUAAUCGACCAUUAAAAGUAAUUUUUCUUAACAGUCGUUAAAUUUAUCCUUUCAUAAAAUGAAGGUGUAGCUAAGGAAUUCUUGUAAAUUAUUAACUGAAAAUUUAUAGUUUUUAUUAAACAGUUAACUUACACUGUUAAAUUAACUAAAAAUGCCCUCUAAAAGUAGUCCAGUGUCUGAGGUGCCACUCAGUUUAGUUGAGGAGGUGAGAAGCAAGUUUUUGCAACAGGUACAAGAAAAGGGCCAAAAUUGUAUCCACCCGAAGGAUUAUGAAAGAAUAAAACAAGAUAAUCACUGGCUACAGAGAUUUAUAGCACACAAAGAGCAAAAUGUAAAAGAAGCUCUGGAUAUGAUGUGGAAUGCUGUUACAUGGAGGAAGGAUUUUGGUGUAAAUGACAUUAAUGAAGGAACAAUUAAAAUGGACAUAAUAGUUAGAGGAGCUUUUUUUCCUCAUGGAGUGGAUAAAGAUGGAUACCACAUUUUAAUUUUUAAGCUGAAAAUGCAUAGCAAAGGCGCCGUUGAUGCCAAUGAUCUUAAGAGGUGUAUUGUGUAUUGGUUUGAAAGAAUUGAAAGAAUGUCAAAGGGAGAUAUAAUAAGUAUAUUUUUUGAUAUGGAAGGUUGUGGCCUAAGCAACAUGGACAUGGACAUAGUAAAGUACCUUAUAGGCCUAUUUAAUGACUACUACCCAUUUUUCUUAAAUAAUAUUUAUAUUUAUGAAAUGCCUUGGGUUUUAAGCGCUGCCUUCAAGAUAAUAAAAACUUGGUUACCAGAGAAAGCUAUAGAAAAACUAAAAAUGAUAGGGAAAAAAGACAUCAUGAACUAUAUCGACAAAGAUCAAGCUCUUAAAUGCUGGGGUGGAAACUCUGAUUAUGUUUUUAGUUUUGUGCCAGAAGAACCACAGGCCAAUAAAUCCAAAGAAGCACCCAUUGAGAAUAGUAGUAAUACAUCUUUCGUCAAGAAGGUACAUUUCGUGGACGGCUCUUCUAUGGCUGAACAAACUGGAAAUUCCGAUACCAAAGAGGAGGGACCUCUAGCAGUCACACCCCAAUCAGUAAUCACAUUCGUCAAAGAAGGAACUGAACUGGUCAGCACCUUGGGACUACAUAACACAGAUGCUUCCACACAAAUAGCGUUUAAGUUAAAAACUACUUCACCCGAAAAAUUCCGCGUAAAACCGAGCACGGGAUUUCUUAAACCAGGUGCCAAAGAAACCAUCACUGUCACCCUGCUGCCGGGCUUCCAACUGGGUGGAUUAUCAAAAGAUAAAUUUCUAGUCAUUAGUACGCCUCUAGAGGAUGCAGAGGUGUCAACCCUGGAUAUCUCAGAACUGUGGAAGAAUACAGGAAACAGAAAAGUGUAUCAAACCCGACUGAAAUGCGUCCAAAGUGGAGAAGUAAUGAAAAACGGGAAUGUUGUGCAACAUAGUGGGACUCCGUCUGGCGAGAGUGACGCGCAAUUGUCGAAAUUAUCGGCAACGUUAUCGCAUAUGGGGGAACACCAGGUGAAACUUAGUCAGUCUCUAGAUCGGUUGCAGUAUAUACAGGUGGCGCAGUUUUUGUUGGUGUUGGUUUUAGGUAUAAUAAUUAUCUAUAUAUUAUCCAACUCGCCUUCCCUGGAUCGUCCCACGAUCCCGUCCGAGGCCUACUGCGAGAAACCACCGCAACCGUAACAAUAACCAUUAACCGCAGAGCCUAUCGUCGAAAUAUCGUUUGUGUGCAGGGUGGUUAUCGCUAUGGGGUACAUAUUGUUUUACGUAUUUUGUUUAGUGUGUCUAUAAAAAGCUGCCAAACUAGAGCUUAUUGCCAUGUAUGUAUGAUUUUUUAUUUAUUUUUUUGGUUGGGAUAGGAAAACUUAAGGGAUUGAAUUGGUUGUUGAGUGCCCAUUUUUGCACUUUUAAAUUGGCUCUGCGUGGGUUCAUUAAGAGGGAUAAUUUAUACAUUCCUUAGGGUUUGUCAUAUAUAUAUUUUUUUAAAUUGAUAUUGAAAUGUAUAUAAAUGUUAUAAAAGCUAUAUAUAGAUAAAACUGUAAAACAAUCAAAUUAAUGGAACUGAACCGAACAAUUUAGGUAGAUAGAUAGAACACACGCUUGUUAUAUUGUUCUUUUUGUUUAUUUUGGUGUUACAUCGAAACAUAAUAAUUAUUAUAUAAAGUCAUCACAAUAAGUUUAAAAAUGUAUUGUUAUAGUUUGUAUAGUUUUUUGCACUCUUAUAUUUUUAUAAAACAAAUGUUUAAGGUCUAUUGUAUUGUUGAUUUAACAAUUAUUAAUUAAAAUGGUCGCAUUUUUAGUUU